AUGCUUAAUAUACUGCUAAAUUUACUGAUGGUACAGAUAAUAUGUGGUAAACUGGGUGUUAGUGAUAUAAAAAUAAUACAAGAAACGCCAAUUAUAUCUAAUACGAAGUACCUGAUAAAUGGAUCAGGAUCACUCUCUCCAUUACGUGGAUAUAUUUAUCAUACAGAUGGAUAUACGCAUAAUAAACGGUUAUUUUCACCCGAAAUCAAGGUAAAGUACAGUUUAAAAAAAGAAGCCAAGUCUAAUAACUUCAUGCACUUCUAUAAAUAUGAAAGAUUCCCUGGGUCGGAUAAAUUCAGAAUACCACUGAAAUUUAAACCCACUGAAAAUCAGAAAUACACGCAGGAAUACCACUCUAGAAUUAUUAAAAUGUUUCCAUCUGCAGUGGGAGACCUUUCAAUUGAAGCAGGAAGAGAUAAUGCAUUUACGCUAUUUUUAAAAUCAGAUACAACUAAACCGUAUACAAAAUAUAUCCUUGCCAGUUUAUUACUCCUGUCAGAAGGUGUGGAUAUGCGUAUUUCAGUGGAUUACAGUAAUAAUAAGAAAAGGCUUAUACUGAAAAAUAAAAAAGAGACAAAGGAGUACAUUAAUGCGGAUAUGUGCAUUGAUGUAAUAGAUUCAAACCAGGAAAUUGUUAAAAUUGGAGUAUACCAGAGUGAAGUAACUGAAAUUAUUAACUUCUUUCGUAGGUAUAGAGUAUGUCCAUCUGAAGGGAGUAACAGCACUCCUUCAGAACCCAGGAGUAAAGAGGAAUUUAAAACUGGAAUAUUUAUGAGCAGCAUAGGGUUCCUUAUAGAAUCGUAUAUUUUUGAGUAUAUUGAUAAUGUACAGGAAUAUAUAGAAUUUAUAGAUGCCGUAUACGAACUAUUAUGUGAUCAGAUGGAGAGAGAUCCAGAACAAUUAAGUGAUAAGAGAAGGAAGAUAGAUAAAGUAUUUGAUAGAUUAUUUGUGCCUAUAGAGUCACUGGAUAAUGAACUGAAAUAUAUUAUGCCACUGUACAGUAUAAAACAGACAAUGGAUAAGUAUAUGGUAUUCCCAUUCUGUGAAUCUAGUCAAUUACCCAUAUAUACUCGUAUAGAGGCAUAUACGCUAAGUAAUGGAGUAUUCAAGGUUAAUAAGAAUGUGUAUUACAGUGACUGUGUGGAAUCAGCACUUUUAGGUCUUUUUUGUUGUUUAGCAUACGAUCCUGAGACGCAUGAAUACACCACCAAGCAUAUGGGGAAUACUUUAUCUGCCCACAUAAAGAAAUUCUUUGAGAAAUACCCAAGGCCAACAAAUACCACUACAUACGAAAUGCAUUUAGACUGGAGUAAAGUUGUGUGUUAUUUAAAUAAUGAAAGGAUUUCUUAUGUUGGUAAUAAAGUAGAAUUAAGGAGUGGAGUACUAAAUAUUCUUCAAGUUAUAAAGGAAAUAACAGGAAUAAACACAAGUGCAUGGAAUGUGACAAAUACAGCUGGGAGUAAUCCAUUGAAUAUUAUACAGAAAUUAGAUAAAAAUAAUUUGUAUAGUAUAGAAGAAUCUGUUAGGCAUGCAUUUAUGUCAUUAACAAAGAAUUCUUCACUGAAAGUACAGUGUAAAGAAUUUGACUUUAAAAAGCGAUCGGAUGAUGUAACUGAUGCAUUUGGUAAAAUAGAGUUAAUUUAUACGUAUGAUAAUAUUGUACAUGGAAUAUGCUUAAAUGUACAACCACGCCAUACGCAUAUCUCUCUUUUAUACCCAUCAUCAUCUUUCUUAGAAAAAUUAUCAGAACAGAUAAAUCAGAUAAAAACCGACCAUAAUGAAAUUAAUAAUUAUACUGGAUACUUGAUUAAUCAGCACAUAACCAGUAAAAUAAGACAAAUUUCAUUAAGGUCAGUGAAUAGUGAAUAUAUACCAAAAAAUGAGAUAUAUACAUUCUUACAGAAUUAUUCUGGCAGUGUGUGUGAAUUAUUUAUACUCAGGAAAAUUGACAGUGUUGAAUAUAAAUCUUUUAUAUUCAGGUGUAUACUGCUGUACUCACAGAAAAAUCAGUUAAGUGAGAAUAAUCCAUUGGUGCAGCUCAGUUCAAAUAUACUUGGAAGUGUUCCAUUGGAUGAUUUAAACACAAGACUGUCCAUGCUGAAUAGUUGUAUAUGUAAUUUAAAUUAUUCUAAAUAUUAUCCAGAUAUUGAAUAUACACUAACAAAUAUACCCAACUCUGAAUUUAGUUUAUUACAAGUGUGUGGUGUAUUUGACUGUAUAAUAGAAUCUGGUGAAUUAGACCAAUUAUUAACUUGUUUGGACAUAAGCUUAAAAUUAUCACGGCGUAGAGUAUCACUAGAUAUAUUAUUAAGAAGAAAAUUAUCAUCUGCUGAAGUAUUAGAAUUUAUAUUUAGAUCAGGUAGUAUACGUGCUGUGAAUAAUAUUCAGAAUAUUCUUGAGAGUUAUGUCAGCAGGGAUGAUAAAGAAUUAAACACCCUGUAUAUCAUGUGGUUUAUAACCGCAUGUAAAAGGUCUAAUUAUUCAUCUGAAUUAGUCAGAUAUACGUAUAACCUUAUAAAUUACGAAUUUAUACCAGAUGUGUGCACAUACGCAAAAGAAAACAAGUGUAAUUUCGAUUUAAUUAUAUCUGCUUUAUUAAAGGAGAAAGAUAAAUUACGUAUAAAGAAGGACAGAAAGAGUAUGAAAAAGUAUAAAAAAAUAGUAAAACAGUUUAAUGAGUCUACAGGAAUAUUCUCAAAGUACUAUAUUAAAACUAUAGCGUAUAUCACACAGUUUUUAAUAUAA